AUGAAUAAAGAUCAAUUAGAUGAUAAUGAUAAUAAUAAUAAUGAUAAUUUAGAAUCAAAUAUAUAUUCAAAGAAAUAUCCUGUUACACCUACCACACCUACAACACCAAAUAGUAACAACAAUAGUACAAUACACUAUGUACAACAAUAUCAUUCACCAAGUUACUCUAGAAUCAUACAACCACCUAUUGAAGAAGAUGUAUUGUAUCAACAACAGCAACAACAUCUUCAACAACAACAACAACAACAACAACAGACACCGCCACAACUACAUAUUGAUUAUAUAAGAAGAUCAACAUCGCCAACAUCGAUGAUGAAUACUCUUCAGGUGUCACCAUCUUCAUCGAAUACACAAAAGAGAACACAUAAACGAUCGAAUUCACAUGGUCCUUUGUUUAGAUCUUCUCAGCAACAACAACAACAACAUCAACAGCUUCAACAACAAAUCUAUUCAUCACCUCAACAACUACAACAACUUCAACAACAACAACAACAAUAUAGUCAUUACAGUCAACAACCACCUAUCUUAUAUCCAAUACACUCAUCACCACCAAAUGUAAGUGGAUCAAGACCAUUACUCUCGCCUUCUGUGAUCUCACGAAGCAACAGUAGUAAUGGACUUGGUAGUGGUGCCGGUUCCUACGGUACAUGGUCACCAUCCACUCAUACAAGAGUCAAGAAAACAGGUAGCAAACUAAGCGUGGAACAACAAUUACAGCAUCUACAAGGAUUGCUCAACUCUACCACUCCCAAGGAUCUAGUCACAACAUCACCUACACUCUCACCUAGAAGUACAGGCAAUAACAAUAAUAAUAACAGUAUCAAUAAUAACAAUAAUGUUGGAGGUGUAAAUAUGCUGGCAGCCAAUGACCAUCAUAGACGAACAGUGUCUUGGGAACCACCACUUGAAGGUGAGUCACUGGAAACACUGAAUCAGAUCAUCAAGGAGAAGAAAGAUGCAUUGCUGAUGCGUGAGAGAGAGCUAAAGAAACAACAAAAGAUGAUCAAUGAGACACUAAAGAACAACUCACACUCAUCACCACCAAAUGUCUUAGAGCCAUCUCCACUCUCAUCGUCAUCCACACUGAUCACUCCACCCAUCUCAACGCCACCCACCAUCAAAUCAAAGCAUAACCGAUCGAAAUCAGACACCAACACAUUAGUAAAGUUACAACUCCUAAAGAAACAACCUUCAACAUCAAAUCUCAUGAAUGAUAUGGAUCAACAACAACAACAACAUUUACAACAAUUACAAAUGCAACAACAACAAUACCUAUCACCGGUUGCUAUUAAAAGUCCAAAAGUAUUGUCUCCAAAUGAUGGAUCGAGAAGUCCAAGACCACAUUCUUCACCACGUCCUAUCACUAAAGCAGAGUACAAUGAAUAUCUUAAACAACAACAGCAACAACAAAUGUAUCCACAUGUAACAACAACCACUACAACCACUACAACAUCAACAACAUCACCAUUGUCACACCAAAACUACUCUAGAAGAAAAUCAGUUGACCCAAUGACAUUUGGAUCCAUUUUAAAUAAUGCCAAUAAUAAUAAUAAUGGCAAUGGACCGACGUCACCAGUUAACCAUAUGAAAUACUCGUCGAAACAACCAGUACUUUCAUCACAGUACCUCAAUCAGCUGAUGAAUAUCGACCUACACGAGAUUGAAGAGGAAAUUGACAAGGAAAUACAACAAGUAAUUCUUCAGACAAAGAACAUUCAAGGCAAGGUGGAAAUGUUGGAGCGUGUUCGUUGCACUGCACCCGACCCAUUACUCAUGUUGUUCGGUGAUAACUGUAGAACAGCACGUGUUCAAAACAAAAAAUCAAACAAGAACAUCAUCAACAACAAUAACAACAAUAUCAAUAUAAAUUCACCAAUUCAACCCACCAACAACAUAAUGUCAUCACCUUCACUUGUACACUAUCCACCAACCACAACUACCACAUUCAUAGACACACCAACAACAACCAGAUCAAACUCGCGUACCAAAAUAUUGCAACCGACUACCACACGUUGUCCAGACAGAACCAAGAGUAAGAACCUUUCCUCAUCAGUUCCAAGAUCAUCUGCUUUUAGUCCACCACCAAGAUCCUAA